UUUCUUUGAAAAAACAUAAAGAUAAAGAAGCUUUUUUCCCGUCAGAGGAAAAGGUUGAAAACCCCUGAGAGUGAGCUUUGAAAAUCUUCGGAAGAACCAAUGGCUUCUUCUUCUCUCAUGGCUUCUCAAACCCUAAUCCUCCGUAACCAUAAUCUUCUCUCUCCUAAUCACAACAUCUCUACCCUCUCUUUUCCUUCAUCUUCCAAUUUCUCCAAAGCCAAAUUCGUUUCGCUUGCAGCUUCUUCUCUCCGUACUCCUAAACCCAAGAAAUUCACAAUUUCCGCUUCAUCUUCAACUGUUCUCCAAACCCCAUUACCCACAAAAUCAAAUCCAGCUGACCCUUUAAUCACUGGCUCUACCCGUACAAUUACAACCCUCAUAGCAAUCACCUUAACCGCCUCAAAAUUGUUUUUGCACAAAGUUUUCAACUUGGGUUUUCAUGGGCUCGGGAAAUCGAUUGUAUGCUCUGCUGGGCCUAUGUUCUUUGCGGCCCUUAAAGACCAGCCCACUGGGGCACUGAACACUCCGUUCACAGUGGUGGCGGCUGGGAUGGCGAAAUGGCUUGAUAUAUACAGUGGGGUUUUGAUGGUUAGGGUUUUGCUCAGCUGGUUUCCCAAUAUACCGUGGGACAGGCAGCCGUUAUCUGCUAUUAGGGACCUUUGCGAUCCUUAUUUGAAUCUCUUCAGGAAUAUUAUUCCCCCAAUUUUUUAUACUUUGGAUGUUAGUCCGCUUUUGGCUUUUGCAGUGUUGGGUACGCUUGGAUCCAUUCUUAAUAGCAGCAGGGGAGCGUACUGAGGUUGAUGAUCGUUUCUUGUUACCGUGCAACAUUGGGGUAUGUGGCAAUGACACGUGGAAGGCCUAGCAAGGACAAACAAGGAAUCAAGAAGUUGGCCCUUGCACCUUCAUUUCUUCUUUCAGGAGAGCUUAGUGCAUGCUGCAUCUAGAGCGCCGAGUGAUGCACUGCUGUCGUGUUUGAUGCUUUCAUUAAGCAUGAUGAUAUAUAUCCCACUUAAGAUGUUACCCACUAGACUUGAAUACUUCCCUUCUGGUAGACAUAGGAAUCCUCCAAAUAAUGUAUCGACUGUUCAUAAUUUGGUUACUUCCAAUUUUGUGUAAGCAAGCUCUUGUUUUGAGUAUAUUUUCUUAAGCUUCUUCCACGACCU